ACAGGCAUAAACAGUAGGAAAAAGGGGCGAAAGCAACCGUGCUGGAACAGCCAGGGGUUGUGUGUAACUUCAGACCUGCUUGUACACUAACCGCAUGUUUCAUUCAGGCCAGCAGCUCGAUUAUUUUGUGGCCGUUUGUUAUUUUUUCUCCAUGUUCGCUCGAGCAGGAUGUCUUCCCAGGGUGGCAUGGACCGGCUGCCGAAGAAUGGGGAAUUUCACGUCCUCCAGUACUGUGGGGUCCAGCACGGCCUGCUUACAAUUUGUUCAGGAAGUGGUGUCACAGAACUGUGUUGUGAUAUUUUCCAAGACCACCUGUCCUUAUUGCAAAAUGGCCAAGAAUGUGUUCAAUGAAAUUGGUGCGACUUACAAAGUGAUUGAACUGGAUGAGCACAAUGACGGGAGGAGACUGCAAGAGGCCUUAGCUCAGAUGACUGGUGCCAGGACGGUGCCGAGAGUCUUCAUUAAUGGAAACUGCAUCGGGGGUGGCUCUGAUACCAAACAGCUCCAUCAGCAGGGAAAGUUGUUGCCUCUGAUUGAACAAUGCGCUCCCUGCUGCGCUGCGACCAGCUCCGAUGGCUCGGGCAGCGGACAGUUUGAGUCCACUAAAUGACUAACCGUUCUUAUACUCUUUCUCAAUCCUGUAUUUGUUAAAUGUUUGCUUGAUCUCAUGCUACAAGUUGUACAUUGCUUGAACACUGUGUUACUUAUUUAUCAAAGUGUAUUGGAUACUUGAAGUUAGGCUACAUGCAUUUUCAUCCAGGGAUGUACAGUAUUAUUAUUAAAGCUGCCAUCUUUUAAACAAAACCUCUGAAUAGUGAACUACUCUCUUCUGCACAGUUGUUUUAUUGAACAAUGUUACACUCACAAAAGAAGCAUGACCUCUUUCAGCAUCAAGCAUCACCAAAUUGUGAACAUCGUUGGGUUGUAUUAACAGUUUCAUUCAAUAUCCACCUUCUUUCAAUGGAGUUUGACUUUAUUCUCCAUGUCUUGUAAGACUGAAAGAACUAUAGAUUUUUGUAUGAUCAGCACUUUUUAUUGUGCUAAGUAUUUGAACAUUUAAUCUUAUUGCGAAAUGUCAUUUGCCAGACUAUGGAAAACAUAAUCAUUUUGUAUUUUUUUACUUGCUUGUUGAAGCAUUUUCUAUGUCAACGUAUCUGAGCAAUAGCAAUAGCUGUGUUAGUGAUUGGUAUUGUGUAGGUGGUUGGUUUUCCAAAGUGUAUAACCUAAUGAAUCAUGAUGCUGGUCGGUAUUAUGUAUAUAUAGAUCAAUUUGCGUAUGUAUCAAGUCAUAAAGACUCUUCUUAAUGCCUUGAAUGUAUAUUUAUCAUUAAUAAAUAUGAAUGA